GGCGGAGGAAGGAGUCCAGGAAACACACACAGAGAUCAGUCGGACCUAAGCAGCUGUUUCCAGGAGCUUCUCCUGCAGCCUCAGAAGAGCGUUGGAUUUUCCCUCUUGAUUCAUCUUCACAUGGAGGCAUCUGGAGAGGCUUGUGCUCCAGGAUUGGUCCUCUAACCUGUGGCAGUGUAGGAGACUUUAGCAGCGGGACCAUCCUGGCUGGGUUUUCUUCUUGGGCUUAUUGCUCGUGUUACCUGUCGCAUCAUGUUGUGCGGCUGCUGUUUUUAGCAUGAAUCCUGUCAACAGUUUGGACUGUGUGUGAGAGCCGGCCAGAGUUUCUGUUUGUUUGUGUGUGAAUGUGUGUGUGUGAGGAUGAGUGUUCCCAUGUUGAAGAUUGGCGCUGUGCUCAGCACCAUGGCGAUGGUAACUAACUGGAUGUCCCAGACCCUGCCGUCGCUGGUGGGACUCAAUGGAACCAUCAUUUCCCCUGAGGGCACACAUGAGCGGAUCAUCAGUGGUCUGUACCCGGGCUCAGAGGAGGGCUGGCAGGUGUACAGCACGGCGUCUGAUCCGGACGGCAGAUGUGUUUGCACGGUGGUCGCUCCGGCUCGAAACCUCUGCAAACGAGACCCUCGGAGUCGACAGCUACGCCUGCUGACUGAACAGGUUCAGAAUGUGAGUCAGUCCAUGGAGGUGGUAGACCUGCGGACAUCCAGAGACCUGCAGUAUGUCCGAGACUCUGAGCCGCUGCUGAGAGGAGUGGACGGACGUUUACACACAUAUGUCUCCAACCCACGCACUCUGACGACUAAGGGCCUGCAGGAGUUAAAGGGCCAGAUGUCCCAGCUCCGACCCCUCCUCUCUGUGGUGGAGCAGUACAGAUUGGACCUGCAGACGCUGACCACCCUGCGGAUGGAGCUCUACAACCUGUCAAUCAUCAUGACAUCCAUCCAGGAGGAGAUCGGAGCGUACGACUAUGAGGAGCUUCAGCAGAGGGUUUUACUGCUGGAGACCAGGCUCCACAGCUGCAUGAACAAACUCGGUUGUGGUCGUCUGACUGCAGUUAGUAUCCCAAUCACCGUGAGAGCCUCGGGGUCCCGCUUCGGCUCCUGGAUGACUGACGCCAUGAUUCCCAGCUCUGACAGCAGGGUGUGGUCGAUGGACGGCUACUAUAAGGGCAGGCGUGUGUUGGAGUACAGAACCAUGGGGGAUUUCACAAAGGGGCAGAACUUUGUGCAGCAUCUGUUGCCUCACCCCUGGGCAGGAACCGGACACGUGGUGUACAACGGGUCCCUCUUCUACAACAAACACCAGAGCAACAUCCUGGUUCAGUACCAUUUCCGCUCCCGCAGUGUGUUGCUCCAGCGCAGCCUGAGUGGAGCGGGAUACAACAACACCUUCCCCUACAGCUGGGGGGGCUCCUCCGACAUCGACCUCAUGGCCGACGAGUUGGGGCUGUGGGCCGUCUACACCUCCAUCCCCAACGCUGGGAACAUCAUGGUGAGUCGUCUGGACUCUAACUCCCUGGAAGUCCUCCGCAGCUGGGACACGGGGUUUCCUAAGCGCAGCGCAGGGGAGUCCUUCAUGAUCUGCGGCACGCUGUACGUCACCAACUCCCACCUGGCCGGGGCCAAGGUUCACUUCGCCUACCACACCAACACCUCCUCGUACGAGUACACCGACAUCCCGUUCCACAACCAGUACUCUCACAUCAGCAUGAUGGACUACAACCCCCGAGAGAGAGCGCUGUACACCUGGAACAACGGACACCAGGUGCUGUACAACGUCACGCUGUUUCACGUCAUCAGGAGCGACGGAUAGAUCGACAUGGUGAAGAAAAAAGAGGGUACUCAAGACACACACACACAUACACACACACACACACACAUGCACACACUCAUGUCAACAGGAAAUAGAGUACCGUCUGAGUUUGAAGGCCUUCUGGACUGAGAGAGCUAACUGAGCUAAUAACAAGACACUAAACAGUUUUCAGACACGUGCCCAAAGGUCACGGACAGGAGUAUUCAUCACGGUGAGAGAAGAAAAUGAACUGCUUCUGCUACAGGGGACGCUGAAGAAAAGAAGACAGUUUAAGCUCAUCCAUAUUCUGUUGCGUUUUAUUCCACUUGUGUCUCAAGAAGUGACGUUAAGCCAAAUCGUCGAGAGAGAAAAGAAAAAAAGGACCUUGAGCUCUGGCGACGGCCCGGAGGGAGAUAUUCUGGGUCUGUGAUGUGGUCGUGGACGUGUUCAGUCAGCAUGGUUGUUCAUUCAAUAAACAUUACUGUCAAACUUUACAA